UGCCUACUUUACGGCUGGUUGUUAGUGGACGUGACCUUACAUGUAGCUUGCCGUGUGGCUUGCUAGCCUCUUGCAUUUAUUUACCCAAGAAAGAAUAUAAUGCAUCGCUAAUUUUUUUUUCCAAGUGGGAGAUAACGUUAUGUUUGUUGUUACCGUGAAGGAAGUAGUCUUUCACAUGAGAUGGCUGGUACUGUGGUGGCCGUGGGAUUAGCGCUGGCUGCCGCUGGAUUUGCAGGACGCUAUGCUGUUCAGGCCAUGAGGCACGUGGAACCUCAAGUGAAACAGGCUCUCCACAACCUUCCCAAAUCCGCGUUUGGUUCUGGAUAUUACAGAGGUGGAUUUGAGCCAAAAAUGACCAAAAGAGAAGCCUCUCUCGUUCUAGGAGUCAGUCCCACAGCCAAUAAAAUGAAGAUAAGGGAAGCUCACAGAAAAAUAAUGGUGUUGAAUCACCCUGAUAGAGGGGGUUCGCCUUACCUUGCCGCAAAAAUAAACGAGGCUAAAGAUUUACUUGAUGGACAGGCCAAAAAAUGAGCACCUUUUGCACUACCAAUAAAUGUUCAAAUCAUG